GCUGGGCGAGAACAAGAAUAGAAAGCGAAGAGUGAACAUUGCACUUACGUGCGACUUACAAGACUGCGAUUUACUGAAGCAUAUACGAAGCGAAUUAUACAAGAGCAAGACAAAAUGUCAAAGGUCCCAGCAAUUGGAAUUGAUUUGGGCACUACAUACUCGUGUGUGGGUGUCUUCCAGCAUGGAAAGGUGGAGAUCAUCGCGAAUGAUCAGGGGAAUAGGACAACGCCGAGUUAUGUCGCCUUCACUGACACCGAAAGGCUGAUCGGCGACGCGGCCAAAAACCAGGUCGCGAUGAACCCCAACAACACCAUUUUCGACGCGAAGAGGCUGAUUGGCCGUCGUUUCGAUGAUUCAACGGUACAGAGUGAUAUGAAACACUGGCCAUUCACGGUGGUGAACGAUGGUGGCAAACCGAAAAUCAAGGUUUCGUACAAGGGUGAGACAAAGACCUUCUUCCCCGAAGAAGUGUCGUCGAUGGUACUGACGAAGAUGAAGGAAACAGCUGAAGCGUAUUUAGGCAAUACCGUUACCAACGCCGUCAUCACCGUACCAGCGUAUUUCAAUGACUCGCAAAGACAAGCCACCAAAGACGCGGGAGCGAUAGCAGGUCUGAAUGUUCUAAGGAUCAUCAACGAACCAACUGCGGCGGCGAUCGCUUAUGGUCUCGAUAAGAAAACAUCUGGCGAGAAGAACGUGUUGAUCUUCGACCUGGGAGGUGGCACCUUCGAUGUGUCGAUUUUGACCAUCGAAGACGGCAUCUUCGAAGUGAAAUCAACGGCUGGCGACACACAUCUCGGUGGCGAGGACUUCGACAAUCGAAUGGUCAACCACUUCGUUCAGGAGUUCAAGAGGAAGUACAAGAAAGACCUGAGUACUAACAAGAGGGCUCUUAGGCGCUUGAGAACGGCCUGUGAGAGGGCGAAGAGGACUCUGAGCUCGUCGACGCAGGCCAGCAUCGAGAUCGAUUCUUUGUUCGAGGGUGUCGACUUCUACACGUCCGUUACCAGGGCCAGGUUUGAGGAGCUAUGCGCGGAUCUGUUCAGGAGUACGUUGGAACCGGUGGAGAAGGCCCUGCGGGACGCGAAGAUGGACAAGAGCCAGGUUCAUAGCAUCGUUCUAGUCGGUGGUUCUACCAGGAUACCAAAGAUUCAGAAACUACUUCAAGAUUUCUUCAACGGCAAAGAACUGAACAAGUCCAUCAAUCCCGACGAGGCUGUCGCCUACGGUGCAGCUGUCCAGGCUGCCAUCCUCCACGGCGACAAGUCGGAGCAAGUCCAAGAUCUUUUGCUCCUGGAUGUCACGCCUCUGUCGCUUGGUAUCGAGACUGCCGGCGGUGUGAUGACAACAUUGAUCAAGAGGAACACCACAAUACCAACCAAACAGACUCAGACGUUUACCACCUAUUCUGAUAAUCAGCCUGGCGUCCUGAUUCAAGUGUACGAAGGAGAGAGAGCUAUGACGAGGGACAACAACCUCCUCGGCAAGUUCGAGCUCGUCGGCAUUCCACCCGCGCCUAGAGGCGUACCUCAAAUCGAAGUUACGUUCGACAUCGACGCUAACGGAAUCCUGAACGUGUCUGCCAUUGAGAAAUCGACUGGCAAAGAGAACAAGAUCACCAUCACCAACGACAAGGGUCGAUUGUCGAAGGACGACAUCGAGAGAAUGGUGAACGAGGCUGAAAGAUACCGCAACGAGGACGAACAACAACGGGAGAGGAUAAGUGCGAAGAACGCACUGGAGUCUUACUGCUUCAACAUGAAGAGCACUAUGGAGGAUGAGAAGAUUCAGGGCAAGAUCGAUGCUUCGGACAAGCAGAAGGUCAUCGAGAAAUGCAACGAAGUGAUCUCGUGGUUGGACGCGAACCAAUUAGCGGAGAAGGAAGAAUUCGCGGAUAAACAAAAGGAACUGGAGUCUGUCUGCAAUCCUAUCGUUACGAAAUUGUAUCAGGGUGGCGGUGGAGCGCCCGGUGGAUUCCCGGGUGCCCCAGGAGGCGGCAACACCGGGGGUGGUGCUGGCGGCGGACCAACCAUCGAGGAAGUCGAUUAAACGCACAAUAGCCAUCUAUAGCAACUGUCACCAUCCACCCACACCAUCCAUAGCAACAUGCAUCCUCCAUAAAACUCUGGUCAACAUUUUCAUCUAAUUUACUUUUUAACUUUGUACAGUAGUCACCAACAUCAGACUGCCAUAGUUUGCGCAAACGAAAUGUACAUUUUGUAACAAACACUUUUUUCUUAGUAAAAAAUAUAUUUAAAUU